AUGCGUCAAAGUUACGGUUACAAACAGUUUUCAAAUUGCAUAAACGAAUUAAUCUCGUACACUAUAAAGAUUACCGAAGUAUCUGCCGCUAACCAUUACAAUGUUUUACAUGAAGAUGAGUUAUUGGAAGCUAAUAAACAAAGAGUAUUACUGGAUAUAUCUAACUCGUUAAAUCUUGUUUAUACAACAACAGAACAAAACGAAAAUAAUAAUAUAAGCGUCUGUACCGAAGUAGACGAUGCUUACCAAAAUUUAAUUCAGAUGGAAAAUUAUGACUUAGGAUCAAUGUAUUUAGAUUCCGUAGAAUUCAAUACUACAGCAAUUUCAAACCAUAAGUUACAACAAGAACAACAAGAAAAAAGUUACAACAUUGAAUGUUCUCAGCAAGAAAAUGCAGAUCUUAAAAACAUCGAUUUGUCUAUAUCAACAGUCAAUCUGUAUAACGAUAGUCCUAGUAUACUAGGCAAUAAUAUGACUACGUCUGAAGUUAGUGUUUUAGCUGAAAAAAAUACACUUAUGACUAUAUCAGAAAUAUCAACCGGUAAUCAUGGUGAAGGCGAUCUACGGAACCCGAUGAUACCUGAACCAAUAACAAAUGGAAAUAUCCUGAUCAAAACCGUGAAAUUCGUAAAAAGUUAUGUGAAACUAACAAUCAAUACAUAA